UUAUCCUUUCUUUUAGUCUUUCAGUUGUCACCAUCCAGAGGAGAGGGAUCUCUCCUACUUGGUUGGUGAUAUCAUUGGAUGAUAUUCCUUGACUGAGGGGUAGGUAGACGCAGUGGAAUUGCCACAUCCCACUGUGCUUCCGCACUAAGUUUUUGGUUCUUUUAUGUGAUCUGUUUUGUGAUCCCUCACAUCCUGUGAUCAUGAACUACAUUGGGAAAUUCCUGAGUAAUUUCAGGGAAUUUUACAAUGACUUGAAUGCUGCAACACUGACUGGUGCCAUUGAUGUGAUAGUUGUCAAACAGCCAGAUGGCACAUUCAAAUGCUCCCCAUUUCAUGUCCGUUUUGGCAAACUGGGAGUCCUCAGGUCCAGGGAGAAAUUGGUUGACAUUGAAAUCAAUGGAGAACCAAUUGACAUCCACAUGAAGCUUGGGGAAACUGGAGAGGCAUUUUUUGUUGAAGCAGCAGAGGAUGGAGAGGAGAUUUUCCCUCCUUUCUUGGCUACUUCUCCUCUACCAGGAAAGGAAGAUGAAAUCCCUUACUCAUCUGAGGUGAGCUUCUUAUCCUGUCUUACUGCCUUUGGAGAGAAGAGGGGGAUAAUACAGUUGAGGAUCUCAUUUCAGGAUUAUCCAGAUGCAAAUCCAACCAAUGAGAUGCUUCCUUUGAACCAAAUAGUAGAGGAGAUCAGUACCCUAAGUGAGUUGUCCAAACAGACUGAGGAUGUCUCCAAAUCCUUACCAAAGGAAGGAAUAAACAGGCUCUCAGAGCCUUUAGAAUCAAAUGCAAAAAAGAGGCGCAGGCGCCGGGCCCAAAUGAGAAAGAGGGCUUCUGAAAACCGAAACAAAUCAGAUGACUCUGACUCAGGUGACAGCAUAGGGGCAGAAGGAAAUCACCCUGCCAUGGAACAGCAGCAGUCUGACUUAGGUCAGACACCAGAAGUGGCUAUCUUCCCAAUGGAUGACAUAGUAGAGGAAGAGAAGCUCCUCAUGGAUGUAUCUAUGAGGGCUGCUUGUCGACUAAACCCUCCCAUUGUUGGGCUAGAUUUCCAUCCUUUCAGUGACACUGACCUUUCUCCCAUUGGCAGUCCUCAUGAGAGCCGGCAAGGGACACCUGUCAAAUCGGAUACAGAGUAUGAAUUGAAUGAGCGUGAGAUGGAAAGAGAAGACCAAGAAUGGCAGUGGAGCUGGGGAGAACUUCCAACACCUUCUGGAGAGAGGCAUUCUGCGCCACCAUCUGACAUUGUCAUACCACUGAACUCCAGUGCAGAAGGAAGGAAUAAUCCCCAGGAGGGGAGCUCUUCUGUGGGGAAACUUCCUAAUCCAGACAAAGAGUCAGCAGACCAGCAAUCCAUGCUGGGUGGGAUGUUCAGCUUUAUGAGACGAACAAAGAAGAUAAGACAUCAGCCUGAAGCUGGUGGGAUCUAUCUGGAUGACUUGGACAUGAACCAGAUUGACCCAGAAGUUGCUGCACUGUAUUUCCCCAAGUACCAAUCUCUGCACAGAAACAUGCUCACAGUUGAAGGCAAAAAUGAGAAAGAUGAAGAUACAGAGAGUGGUAAUGGUCAGAGUCUACCACAUUCUCCUCCAUUGACUGAUGGUGUUCUUUGCUCACACUCUCAGCUGGAUUCAGAUUAUGAGGAGCCUCGACCUACAAUUGCUGAGCAGCUGGGAUUUCAAGACCUGGCCAUGUCAUUGUGUGGAGGAUUGGACUCAAAGGAUGGACCCCUGGACCACCUGUUCCAGAUGAGUGAGGUCACAUAUGACAGUUUUCUAUGCAAUCCGAGGCUUCUGGAGUCUCCUGAUCUGGUUGUUCGCAUGAAUGGAAAGUAUUACCCAUGGCAUCAUGCAGCACCCAUGAUCCUCUGUCCUGUCCUGUUCAAUUGUAACUUCCCUGUGCUAGCACUACUUUGGACCCCCAAAGAUUGCUUUUCACGUUAUAUGCAGAUGGCAGUGGAGAAGCUUCUACAGGAGGAGAAGGCCAAGGCAAAGGCACAGGAGAUUAAGAAGAAUGAGAGUCGGUCAUAUUCAUGGUUUUCUUGGCGCCGCGGCACUGGCACUCAACUGUCAUCUUCCCAGAAGGAGAAUGCAGUUGUGUCAGAGUCAUCUGCAGGAAAAAAGCCCUCUGAGCCACAGGAGUUACAACUAAAGGAAAUGGCAAAGGAAUUCACAGCUAUAAAUAUUAAUGACUCAAGCAGCAAUGGUGGGAAUUCCUCUGUGGAACUUGAAGCCCUCUCUGAACCAGAUUCUCUUCUUCGGCAAGCAUCAUUAAAUCUGCAAGAGGGGGCUAAUGAGGCUGCAUUCAGUGUCACAACAGCAUAUCAAGGCACAACAAGGUGCCAGUGCACCAUCUUUCUGUGGAACUAUGAUGACCAGAUCAUCAUCUCAGACAUUGAUGGAACCAUCACAAAGUCAGAUGUGUUGGGCCACAUUCUUCCCAUCAUUGGAAACAACUGGGCCCAGUCAGAUGUUACCCAUCUCUUCUCAAAUGUCCACAAGAAUGGGUAUCGCUUCUUGUACCUCUCAGCACGUGCAAUAGGUCAGGCACAUUUGACACGUGAGUACCUUCGCUCGGUGCGUCAAGGCAAUCUUUCUCUGCCAGAUGGACCUGUGCUCCUCAACCCUGCAUCUCUCCUGCAGGCUUUCCACAGGGAGGUGAUUAUUAAGAAGCCUGAAGAAUUCAAGAUCUCAUGUUUGAAAGAUAUUCAAGCUCUUUUUCCUGGGAACCGAAACCCUUUUUACGCUGGUUAUGGGAAUAGAGUCAAUGAUGUCUGGGCAUACCGGGCUGUGGGUAUUCCUAUAUUUCGUAUAUUCACCAUCAACCACAAAGGAGAAGUAAAACAUGAAUUCUCUCAAGUCUAUCAGACUUCGUAUUCACGAUUGGCAUACUUGGUGGAUCAUGUCUUCCCACCACUGGAUGGUUUUCCUUUGACUUCCUCAACCUCAGAAGGCUUCUCCUCAUUCCUUUAUUGGCGUGAACCUCCUGCGGAUCUCUCAGAGGAUCCUUCAGUGGUUAAAAGCAAUGGUUCUCAUUCAUCUGCUCUCCUCCACUCUCCAUCAACUCAAUCUCUUGUUGCAAAAUCCUGAAUGUUGCCAUCGAUUUCAUAGGUCAUGCUUGAUCUCAAGACUCGUGGAAGAAGAAAGUCCUCUCAAUGGAGUCUUCCUGUUUUUGUCCCCAGUCUUGUGGAGCUCAAGAGUGUGGAAAAAUUGUGGUGUUGAUACUUUUUUUAUGCUUACUUUUUUAUGUCUCUUUUUUUCCUUUCCCCCUUUUUACCUUGUUCUUGUGCAUGUGCAUUUGAUUUGCUAUGGGAUUGUCUUUCAAGUUGAACCCAAACCCCCCCCCUCCCCCACUGUAUUGGCUUGUCUUGGAAGGCCUCACCAGAGAAGGGAUCUGUGAUUCCAUUGAGUCUUAUCGAAUUUGUUCUACAUUCCAUCUGCCUCCAGAAGAAAGAGGAUGUCUGAACUGAAAGGGAAAUUUCUUCAUUGCAUACUGCAGUUUGGACCUAUAAGACAGAAAGGCUUCUAUUGUGCUGGUUUUUUUCUUUUUUUUGUUAGCUUCUCUAAGGGUUGUUAGAAUUAUUGAGAAGCUCAGCCAUGGUCUUCUUGAGUGAAUCCAGUGAUCAAAUACUGUAUACCUCCCUUAGAUUAUUUGCUUGUCUUGAGAGAAAUUUGAAGUUUUUUCCUCACUUUGUGAAGUGUGAAAUUUGAGUGCUUGAUUCUGUGAAUGCACCUUUGUUUUUGGAGCUGGCAUCAUCAGCAUAAAUGCUUCCCUUUACCAUGUCAAUUGUUUAUCAAAUGAAACUUUAGUGUUUCCUUGAAUUGAUGCUGAGAUGUGAAGUAUGGUGUGAUUUUAGAUAUAGUAUCUCUUCUUUGAACAUCUUGCUCCCAGCAUUCCUACCUCUGAGUGAGGAAUUUGUUGAUCUCACUCAUGAGAAAUUCCUCAUUCAAGUGGUUAUUUUUUGCUCUUAAGAAUGCUCUGAAUCCAGUGACUUCUCAUCAUGCUUUGAUUCUGCCAGCUCUCUUUCAUCUCCUUCCUCUUUUUGUUUGGUACCUUAUUGCUGUCAGAAAAGAGGUGACUGAACUGAAUGCAGUUGAACAUUUUUGACAUUGCUUCAAAUAUCUUUCUCCCAAAUGUACCAUGUGAAUAGACGUAAGUCUCCUUACACCUGUAGUGUUUGUAUGUGUGUCCCAUAUUGGGAUGCUGCUUUCGGAGAGGCAGGAAAGUUUGUCGUACAAAUUCCCUAGAGCUUUAAGAGCUGCUAUAUGGCUUAUAUCCAGCAUAUUUCAUCUGAAGCUGGCCAGUGGUACGUGUACAAGUGGUUCCGAUCGUGGCACUAGUGUUGGCUGUAGUCAUUGAGUUCCCUAGUCAGGUUUUCUCCCUUUUCUCUCUACAGUUGCAUCUAGAAGAAUUUCCCCUUUUUGUGGUUACUGUUUCUUCUUUUCUCUUUCAUAAUUGUUUUUUUUUUCCUUCCUGAUAACUGUUCUUGUCUUCGUGAAGGUUACCAAAGACUUCCAUGAUGAAUAAAGUCUCCUUUUCCUCCCAA